UUAACUUAGGAAUUUACAAUAAAGUGUUGUUCUCAAAAUUAUGGGUAAUGCAGAUUUUGAAUGCCCUCACAGAGUAGCCAUUCCUCCAAAAAAGCCCUUCUUGGACUCCUUAGCUUCCAACUUCAAAGAAACCUUCUUCCCUGAUGACCCUUUCAAACAAUUCAAAAACCAACCUUUAUCCACCCAAAUCCUUCUUUGGCUUAAGUACUUUAUCCCCUUCCUCGAUUGGGCCCCUCGUUACACUUUCGACUUCUUCAAAGCCGACCUCGUUGCCGGUAUCACCAUCGCUAGUUUAGCUGUCCCUCAGGGUAUCAGCUAUGCCAAUCUCGCCAGUAUCCCUCCCAUCAUUGGGCUUUAUUCGAGCUUCAUCCCUCCGUUGAUCUACGCCAUGUUGGGAAGCUCGAAAGAUAUUGCGGUGGGGACAGUGGCGGUAGCGUCGUUACUCAUGUCCGCCAUGUUGGGGAAGGAAGUCAACCCAGUAGAACAUCCGAAACAAUACGUUCAAUUGGUUUUCACUGCCACCUUUUUUGCAGGAGUUUUUCAAGCUUUGCUCGGUUUUCUCAGAUUAGGGCUUAUUGUGGACUUUUUGUCGCAUGCAACAAUAGUGGGGUUCAUGGGUGGUGCAGCAACGGUGGUUUGUCUUCAGCAAUUAAAAGGCAUAAUGGGAUUGGUUCAUUUUACGCAUGAGACUGAUAUUGUAUCCGUUAUGCGUUCUCUUUUCUCUCAAAUUCACAAGUGGAGAUGGGAAAGUAUUGUGUUGGGUUGCUGUUUUCUCUUCUUUCUCCUCCUCACUAGAUACUUGAGCAAGAAGAAACCAAUCUUCUUUUGGAUAAGUGCAUUGGCGCCUUUGACUUCAGUUAUCUUGGGAAGUCUUCUGGUUUACUUAACCCACGCUGAAAAGCAUGGAGUUCAAGUGAUUGGUCAUUUGAAGAAAGGGUUGAAUCCCCCAUCUGCAUCUGAUUUAGUAUUUGGAUCCCCUCAUCUCGCCAUUACCAUCAAAACAGGGAUCAUCAUCGGAAUCAUUGGCCUCGCUGAAGGAGUUGCAGUGGGAAGAAGUUUUGCUGCAUUUAAAAACUACCACAUUGAUGGAAACAAGGAGAUGAUAGCAUUUGGGAUGAUGAACAUUGUUGGUUCUUGCACUUCUUGCUACCUUACUGCAGGGCCAUUUUCGAGGACUGCAGUGAAUUUCAAUGCAGGAUGUAAAACCGCGGUCUCGAAUAUUGUCAUGUCAAUUGCUCUGAUGAUCACUCUAUUGUUUUUGACGCCAUUUUUCCAUUACACGCCCCUGGUGGUGCUUUCCUCCAUAAUCAUCACUGCUAUGCUUGGCCUAAUCAACUAUGAAGAAGUCAUCCACCUUUGGAAAAUCGACAAAUUUGACUUUGUUGUUUGCCUUGGUGCAUAUAUCGGUGUCGUCUUUGGCAGCGUUGAAACAGGCUUGAUCGUUGCGGUUACACUCUCUUUGUUAAGGGUGCUUCUCAUCAUCGCAAGGCCAAGAACUUUAGUAUUAGGCAACAUUCCCAACUCCACAAUUUACAGAAGCGUUGAUCAAUAUCCAACAGCCAAAAAUGUGCCUGGAAUUCUCAUCCUCCAAUUGGAGGCCCCAAUCUAUUUUGCCAACUCAAACUACCUGAGAGAAAGGCUUUCAAGGUGGAUUACAGACGAAGAAGAGAGGAUAAAAUCAUCAGGAGAAACCAGCUUGCAGUACAUAAUUCUAGACAUUUCCGGCGUAAGUAGCAUUGACUCAAGUGGAAUCAGCAUGCUUGAAGAGGUUAAGAAGAGUACUGAAAGAAAGGGCCUCAAACUUCUGCUUGCAAAUCCAAGAAGUGAAGUGAUCAAAAAGUUAAACGAGGCGAAGUUCAUCGAUGCGAUCGGACAAGAAUGGAUCUAUCUUACGGUGGGAGAGGCUGUAACAGCCUGCAAUUUCAUGCUCCACACUUGCAAGCCAAAUCCUGUAGCUGUUGAAUUAGAUUCACAUGUGUAGCCUGCAAAAUUACUCCAAGCUACAGAAAGGAGAUCAAUUUGCUGAUGGGGUCCUCCCACUAAGUUCGCAUGGUAAUAUAUUCCACCAAUCAGGAGGCAACAUAAUGGAAAUAAUAGUUUCAUUCUCUUAUUUUUUUGGUGGGAGGUUAAAUAUUGUAGUAGUAGAAAAUGAAAUAGCGUGAAAAUCAUUUAAAAGAGAUCGUUUUCACGCUUUCAUAUCAUGUCAUGUCUUUGUUUAUAUUUUCUCUAACUAUUGUUGCCAUCAAAUUUCCUUCAUGACAUGAUUAUCUAUACGAGAGUUCACUGCUUUCUUUUUCA